UGGCGGGCACCGCCUCCUUUGGUGUGCGCCGGCGUGGCCGCGAUUGGCUGUGCGGGCGGUGACGUUGCAGGACUGCGGUUGUCCCGUGGAGCGGCGCGGGGCCUCCGCUGCGUCGCUUUAAAGGGGCCGCGCUCGCGGCAGCCCCGGCGUCGGCGCUGGCCCCGAGGCGCUCCCGAGCCGCCGGUGCCCGGCUCCGAUCGCGGCGGGUGCGCGGGUCUGGGAGCGCGCCUACGGGCACCGGCGGGACCCGGGCGCGCCGGGGAGGUUUCGAGCCGAAUCGUGGUGUCAGAGAGCGGUGCUUUGGCCCUGACGCUUGUUUCGGGAGCCUUUGGCUGGGAGCACGCUGUGUUUUGCUUUCUGCUAGACAGAGCAGGGGAAGAAAGGAACAUCCCAUCACCCAGAGUGACUGGAGUGUCUGCAAUGCCCCAUCCGAACGCAUGGGAAGGGAGCUGGGAGGACAAGUCCUGGCCUCAGUGGCUGCGGGGAAGGCUUUGAAUAAUGUUAGGAAGCACGGCCACUUUUAUUUUAUUUUGGAAGGACUUCUUUUUUACAGAAGGUGGAAGGACACUUCCAGGAAGCAGUUGCUUGUGAGGAGACCAGCACAAAGAGCCCUAAACAGGACCUUCAUCAAGGCGGUGCUUGGAGAGUGAUGGUCUUAAAAUGAAAAGGUGCUGUGAGGGUGUUGGGCUGCCAUGCCUGUUUAAGGGUGUUGGUAUGGCCAGCUCCCAGCCUCCAAAGUACCUCCUCAUCUUCGACUUUGAUGAGACCAUCAUCAAUGAGAACAGUGAUGACUCCAUCAUCAGGGCAGCACCAGGGCAGGCACUUCCAGAGCACAUCCGGCAGACCUUCUGUGAGGGCUUCUACAACGAGUACAUGCAGCGUGUCCUGACGUACAUGGGAGACCAAGGUGUCAAGAUGGGGGACUUCAAGACUGUAUAUGAGAACAUUCCCCUGUCCCCUGGCAUGCCUGACCUCUUCCAGUUCCUCUCCAAGAACCAUGAAGUUUUUGAGAUCAUCCUCAUCUCCGAUGCCAACAUGUUUGGCAUUGAAUGCAAUCUGAGGGCAGCUGGUUUCUACUCUCUCUUCCGCAAAAUCUUCAGCAACCCAUCCAGCUUUGACAAAAGAGGGUACUUCACCUUGGGGCCCUACCACAGCCACAAGUGCCUUGACUGCCCAGCCAACAUGUGCAAACGCAAAAUCCUAACAGAGUAUCUGGCAGAGAGAGCCCAGGAAGAGGUGGAGUUUGAGAGGGUCUUUUAUGUGGGAGACGGUGCCAAUGACUUCUGCCCUUCUGUGACUUUGACUUCAGCUGAUAUUGCUUUCCCACGGAAGGGCUACCCCAUGCACCGGAUGAUGCAAGAGAUGGAGAAUAAGCAACCUGGAGCUUUCCAGGCCACUGUUGUUCCCUGGGAGUCAGCUACAGAGGUCACCCGCUAUCUCCAGGAUGUCCUCAAGAAGUGUUGAAGAUAGCUCAAAAGAGGCUUGUUUACCAUAAGCAUCUGGGAGAGGAGAGUCCUGGAGGGUCAGGUCCUGUACUCCAUGAUCAUCUGGCACUACUCACUGGGACUCUGAUUCCUGGGCUGCUUUCCUGCCUUCCUCUCCACGCUCCUUUCUCCCCAGUAGUAAAAGCACUUUCUCUACCCACCCCUCACCCCAGCCUUUCCCUUUUCCAUUGCCAUGUUGAGAUGACGCCUUCUCUAUGCAGCUUGGACAUCAACUCCAGUGUCGGUGCUUGACAACACUAACAGUGUGUUUUUUGUUUUUCCCUUUUAACUUCACAAGAGCAAUUCUUUAAAAUCCAGAAGCCAGCUUUCUUGAAGGCUGAGCCCUGCACAUGCUUCCUCUUGACUUUACCCUGCUCUCCUCCUGCUCAUCUUUGCUUGCCACGCAGAAACUGCGUGCUGUCACCUUCAACCUGAUGCUAUGAGGGCUCCUUGCCUCUUCAGGAAGCUAUUAGAAAUUUAAUCCAUGAAAUUUGUGCUGUCCCAGGCUCCACAGCUUGCCAUACACUUCACACCUCCCUGCUCAGCUGGUGAGCCUUUUGCUGGAGUUAAUUGUUGCUUAAGACUUUAUUUUCUGGGGUGGGGUGGGGGUGGGGAAGAAGAGUUGCAGAAAGUCUUUUGGAAAGGUGGUACCUUGCAAAAAAAAAAAAAAAAUAAUAUAUAUAUAUAUAUAUA